AUGGAGACAAACAACAGCGACAGCAGCAACAUCAACUCUCAACCACAGCCAGAUAAUCUCAUGGAAACGAAUAGUAGUAAGAAGAGAAAGCGUUCCAAAGACAUCCCGUCCCACACACGGAUCCUGGCUGCCUGUGACGCCUGUCGCGUUAGCAAGACGCGGUGCGACUCUGUUCGCCCAACAUGUGCAAAGUGCGCUGAGCGCGGCCUGUCCUGCAAAUAUCCUGAUAAAGACCCCUUCUCAAUAUUCGAAACAUGGGGCAAGAAGAUCCUCGGCGCGGUGGAAGAACAAGGUCGGCUCCUAGCUGCUCUCGCAGAGGGCGGUCGCAAUGGCCUCCACCAGCAGCGUCCCGACCAGCUGGCUCGGCUGCUGGAUAUGGACGGCGAGAACCUGGAGACCAUGUCGCGAAAAGACACCCCUUGGACCCCGAUCACGGGCUCUGAUAUGAUUCUGGGUUGGUCCGUAUUCCCGCAGGAAAGACCAGUCAGCACGUUUCCGGCGACGGAAUUCGCCGAGAAACCGAAACCUUCUGAUCUUGAGGUGUCGAACCCGUCUCCAGAGCGCAUGUUUGAGCUGCGGGACAUUUACAUGAGCAAGAUACAGGGAAAGAACCCUAUUGUCGAUGCAGACCAGCUGGAUGUUCACAUCGCAUACGUUCUAGAAAAUGGCUUUGGUUGGACAGCUACCUCGUGUCUAGUACUCUUGGUAUUUGCUUUGGCAGCUGCUUGGGGCAAUUAUCCCGAUGAUGAGCGCCGACACGUAGAGACUCACGAACAGCUGGAUAUCUAUCCCAGACAUCGGGUGACCAUGGCUGUGCCGGACCAUCGGAUGAGGGAGUCACUGAUGUACAUUGCAAUGGCGCAGAAACGAAUGUCGACGGCUUAUCUGGACGAUUCACUGCUCGGCGUAAACGGCGUCUAUGAUGUGGGAAGCGUACAAUCUGAAGCAUUCCGAUGGGAAAACGCAACGGCCAAAGCAAGAAGAGACGAGGUACGCCAUGAGCUGAACGGUCUCCCGCCAUGCACCCUGCAAGAGUCAUCGUUUCCCUAUGCUCUUCCUACGUUUCCUACCAUUGAGAGUUUUGGACAGAGCCGCGUGGACGCACGUCACGAUGCGUCCACGGUGCAUUCUACGACGCUCUCAUACUAUUACUACCUUGCCGAGAUAUCCUUGCGGCGGCUGCUCAACCGUACGCGCAGCGCCGCUACCGUUCUCUCACCUACCAUAGACUCCUUAACGGCCGCCCGAUUGGCCGAGACGAUGCAGAAACUCGAGGGCCAACUGCAGCAGUGGCUGGACUGCCUGCCACUAGCCCUAAGGUUCCAUAUUCCGCCUGACUCGCACCCUUCGCCAGAAGAGCCCGAGCUGGUCAAGCUGAUGCGCGAAAGAUAUGCCGAGGUACGCGAGCUGCUGUGCCGGGCGUACUUGUACAUGUGUCUGCAUGGUGGGAUGCGCCUGACGCGCUCACAGGCGGAGACAUUCGGCGCGCAGGCUUCUCUCGGUUUACGGCUGAGCGUCUACCGGAUCCAGACCGAAAAUCCCUUUUUCCGACACCCAGGGUCGUGGGGAGCGUGCCGGGUGCGUUUUAACCACGCCCUGUGCCUAAUGGCGGCCUACCGGGGCAAGCAGGCGGGCGUUGAGUCUGCGGCGCACGUCUUGGUUCCUCCAAUGUGGAGAGAGUGCGUCGACACUGUCCAGGAGAGGCUGGAGACAUGGGCUGACCAGGGAGGGGGCAUUCGAGAACUGGCUGUGCUGCUCGACUGGCUUAAGAAGCUGUGA